AUGAAUAAAUAAUUCAUCAUAUUAGCUUUGUUGCUUGCCUUAGCGACAAGUCAAACCUACAGUAUAGCAACAUGCACUUGUGCCUAGUUGUUAUCAGAAGGAGAUUGUAUAAAAAAUACUACACUUGGAUGUUCUUGGGAUAGCACAAAGAAAUCUUGUGCCAUUUCAACUACUCCUGUCACUCCAACAGUGACUUAUGUGACAUAUUGUGAAAGCUUUGCAGAAACAGAUUGCCCUAAAGCUAAACCUUGUACAGAUUGUGGUAAUUAUGCUGCCUGUGCCUGGGUUGACAGCAAAUGCACACAUUUUACAGGAUGCACAGCCUUUGCAAAAACAACAGAUCCUGAAUGUUAAGCAAUAAGUAAUAGAUGUAUUACAGAUGGAACUCAUUGUGUUGAACUUGAUGCUUGUAGUACAUACAAGAAACAACUUCCUUGUGUCAAAAAUGCCUCAGGAAGAUUGUGUUAUUGGGAUACAACAAAUAAUACUUGUGUAGAUGCUAAUGCUUGUGAUAGAUUACCAAUUACAUUUGUUACAGAUAAAGAAUGUAGAGAUGAGAUAUCAACUUGUACUACAAAGACUGGAGGUGGAUGUGUUGAUAGUGGAAAUAAUUGUAGUGAUUAAACAUUAGAAAUUUAAUGUGUUUGGAAUAAAUUAGGAACAACUGCAUGUUAUUGGGAUGGAGCAGCAUGUAAAGAUAGAAUUUGUGAUAAUGCACCAACAACAUUAACAACUGAUGAAACAUGUAAAACCUUUAGAACUGAUGGAACAUGCACAACUAAACCUAAUGGAGGUUGCAUUACUAGAACUACUUGUGCAGCUGCAACUAUCUAAGCUGCUUGUAUUAAGAAUAGUUCAGGUGGUGAUUGUUAUUGGACUGGAACUGCAUGUGUUGAUAAGAUAUGUACAAAUGCCCCAACUACAAUGACAACUAAUUCUGCUUGUGCUGGAUUUGUAACAGGAUGUAUUACUAAAUCAGGUGGAGGUUGUGUAUCUAAUGGAGCUUGUUCUGCUGCAAAUGUCUAAGCUGCUUGUGUUAAAAACUCUUCAGGAACUGAUUGUAUUUGGGAUACAACAUGUAAAGAAAAGACUUGUGCUAAUUCACCAAUAACUAAUAAUACUCAUGACUUAUGUACAUCAUAUUUACCAACAUGUACAGUUAAAGCAGGAGGUGGAUGUUAACCUAGAAGUUGUACAAAUGCUCCAACAACAUUAACAACUAAUGAUGCAUGUGAAGCAUAUUUACCAAAUAAUAAUUGUAUAACAAAGACAGGAGGUGGAUGUGUAACAAAUACUACAUGUUCAAAUAUCACUUUAGAAGCUGCUUGUAUAAAAAAUGUUUAUGGAGCUACUUGUUUCUGGGAUACUUCAAGUACUACCUGCAAAGAUAAGAUUUGUACUAAUGCACCAUCAAGUAAUACUACUCAUGAUUUAUGUGUUGCCUUUUUAUCAACUUGUACAGUAAAUAAACCCUUAGCUGGUUGUGUAGAGAAAACAUGUGAAAAUUCUUUGGAAUAAACUAUUUGUGAUAAAGAUUUGAAUAAUAAAGCAUGUAUUUGGAAAGGAAAAUGUUACAAAAAAGAAUGUGUCUUAGCUUCAUCAACCAUAUAAAGUCAUUCAGAUUGUUAAACUUAUGAUUCUAGUUGUACUUUGAGUAAUACUGGUUCUGGAUGUGUUCCUAUACCCCUUAAAUGUGAAGCCUAUACUAUUGAAUUGGCAUGUAAUAUUAGAUUAUAAGUUACAAAUGGAGUUAGAUCAUACUUACCAUGUGGUUGGAAUGGUUCUUAAUGUAUUGAUAAAGCUUGUUCGACUGCUCCUAGAACAUCAUCAACAACUGAAGAAUGUAAUAAUUACAAAUCAGGUUGUGUUGCUAAUAAUCCCGUUAAUGGAUCAAUUUCAGGAUGUUAAGAUUUACCAACAACUUGUGCUGCUAGAAAAUCAAUUGAAAAUUGUUAAAUUUCAAGAUCUGGAUUGCCUACAUGUUUAUGGAAUACUGCUACAUCUGUAUGUGUUGAGAAAUCUUGUGCUACUGCUAAUGUUACAACAACUACAGGAUUCUUAUCAGUUUUUAGUAAUACAACUUGUUCAGGUUAUUUAACUACUAAUAGUUGUAUAGCCAAUAGUACAGCUGAUAAUUGCAUUCCAAAACCAUCAAGUUGUAAUAAUUUGGUUUAAGCAAAUUGUGGACUUGGUUCAAAAUCAAAUGGAGAUUGCUAUUGGAAUUUGAAUACCAAUACCUGUGUUGAUAGAACAUGUACAAAUAUACCAUUAACUACCCAUGAUAAUUGUUAACGUUAAUUGGAUACAUGUACAGUGAAUAAUGGCGGAACAGCUUGUUAAAAUUUAGCCACAGCUUGUACUUCUUAUGGAUCCUCCAUAAAUUGUGUAAUGAAUUCUAAUAGGAAGAGUUGUAUAUGGACUGGAUCAGCUUGUAGAAAUGCAACUUGUGCUGAUGCUCCAGGUACUAUUGAAUAUAAUACUCAUGAAUCAUGUUCAACCUAUAUAACACCUACUGAAGUUUGUACAGUAAUGUCAAAUACUGGAGGAUGUGUUACAAAAUCAGCUAAUUGCAGUGACUAUUUGUUAGAAGAAUAGUGUUAUAGUACUUUAACAUCAACAGAGGAUAACUGUAGUUGGCAUUCAGUUUUAAACAAAUGCUUCCCUGGUAACUACCUCGAAGAACCAUGCUCAAACUUUAGAGGAACAAAGUCUUAUUGUGAAUAAUUGAAAGUAGGUUGCACUAAUUCAAUAAAUGCUACUGAUACAAGUGCUUGUUCUUUCUCUUGUGAAAUGAUAACUGGAUUAUCAGAUUCAAAUCAUGUUGCAUGUUAAUACUAUAAUUAAAAUUGCACUGUUAAUAGUGAUGGAACUGCAUGCAGAUCAAUGUAAUAAGCUUGCAGUAGUUAUUUAACUGCAGCUAAUUGUACAAUAAAAUCUAAUGGUUUAAGAUGCUUUUGGAAAGCUGCAGAUUCCACUUGUUUAGAUAUUACUUCAGCAAAUUGUAGUUCAGUAACAGGAUUAGAUGGGUAAAAUUCAGCUUUUUGUUAAGAAUUCAAUGAAAGUUGCAUUAUUAAUUCUACUCAAACUGAAUGUAUGACAAUAUAAACAAAUUGCAGUAGUUAUUCAACUGAAGCUCAAUGUACAGUAAAAUCUAAUACUUAAAAUUGCUUUUGGAAAGCUGCUGAUUCCACCUGUUUAGAUAUUACUGCAGCAAAUUGUAAUUCAGUAACAGGGACAGGUUUAACUAAUUUAAUUUGUGCUGGCUAUAAUUUUAAUUGCACCCAUGCUCCUGAUGGAACUGCAUGCAGACCACGUGCAGAAAAUUGCAGUGGUUAUACUGAAGAAAAUAUGUGUACAAUAAAAAAUAGUGGAAGUUAAUGUUUCUGGAAAGCUGCUGAUUCUGCCUGUUUAGAUAUUACUUCAGCAAAUUGUGAUGUAGUAACAGGAACAGGUUUAACUAGUUUACAAUGUUCUGGAUAUAAUCAAAGUUGCAUUCAUAAACCUGAUGGAACUGCGUGCAGAACUAUGUAAAAUUCUUGCAAUGAUUAUGCUGCAGAAAAUCUGUGUACUUUAAAAGCUGGUGGAAAAUGUUUUUGGGAUGGUACCAAUUGUUUAGAUAUUUCUUCUGCAAAUUGUAAUGUAGUAACAGGAACAGGUUUAACUAAUUAAUUAUGUUCAGACUAUCAUUAGUCUUGCUAUAGUAAUGCCGAUGGUACUGGAUGUGUAACAUUUACUUGCGAAUUAAUCACAAGUGAUUUUUUAACUUUGGAAGAUUGUUAAGACCAUAGUAAUACAUGUAGUGUAAACAGAGCUAGAACUGGUUGUGUUACAAUUCAAGCAGAAUGUUCAGGAUAUACAGGAUCAAUGCAAAAGUGUUAUAAAUCUACUGCAGGACUUUGUAUUGCUAAUAGUUCAGAUGAUUAAUGCGUUGCUUUGACAGAAUCAACAACAUGCUCGGGUCUAUAUUUAGGAUCUGGUAAUUACACUCAUAACAAAUGCAAUGAAUUCAAUAGAAAUUGCACUAAUUUAAGCACCACUGCAUGCUAAGUUAAGACUUGUCAAAAUAAAACAGGUCCAUAUACUCAUUACAGUUGUUAUACUUGGUUACCUACAUGUACAAGCAAUUCAACAGCAACUGGAUGCAUAAACAUGUUAGCCACUUGUGCCAGUUCCACUGUAGAUUCAUGCGUUUGGUCGCUAGAAGGUCCCUGCAUUGUCCAAGGAACAUCUUGUGUCAGAAAGACCUGUAGUUUAGCUACUCCAGGUGAGAACUUUGACUCACAUAGUGAAUGUAAUGGAUAUUUAUCCACAUGCACAGUUGCAAGAAAAGGAGGUUGUUAACCAAGAGCUGCUUGUUCAACAUAUAGAUCAUAAAAUUAAUGUAAAGUCAAUACAAGUGGUGGAAGAUGUUUCUGGAAUUCAACAAAUUUGACUUGUGUUGAUUUCAGUUGCGGUAAUAUAGAGUAAACAUCUUUAUAUGAUACUCAUUUUAAAUGCUAAUAAGUUGAUUCAACAUGUACAGUUAGAGCUACAAAUGGAGCUGCUGCUCCUGGUUGUAUGGCUAGAGGAGCCUGCAGUUCAUACUAAAUUGAGGAUUAAUGCAGUCGAAAUGGAAGUGGAGGUAUUUGUGUUUGGAACACAAAUUUAGCCUAACCAGCUUGUUAAGAUAAAUCAUGUAAUACUGCCCCAACUGCAACAGCAACACAUGAUGAUUGUAAUUCCUAUUUCUUCACAGCCUCUAUUAGAUGCACAGUAGUUGCCACACCUGACGCAAAUGGUGGUGCACCAGUCUUAGGUGGUUGUCAAUAAACAGCAGCUUGUGCUACUUACAUCCAUUAAGAAUAAUGUAAAUUUAAUGCUACUGGAGAUGCUUGUGGAUGGAAUGGUACAUUAUGUGCGGAUAAAUCAUGUGCUACUGCACCGACAACUGCUGAUUAUGAUGAUAAUGAUAAAUGUAGAGCUUAUUUUGAUAAUAAAUGUACAGUUGCAGAUUCAGGAUAAGGAUGUGUUGAUAUACCAGAUACAUGUGAAACUAUGGUAGAAAAAUAAUGUAUUACUGAUAAAUCUGGUAGAUUAUGUUAUUGGAAUGGUACAGCUUGUAUUACUAGAACUUGUGAAAAUGCUCCAGAAGCAACAGCUUCUCCUGAUGAAUGUAAUACUUAUUUAGCUGGAUGUACUUUAGAUGCAGAUGUUAAAUGUAAAACAAAGGUUUGUGAAGAUUUUGCUUUUGCCACUGAUGCCUUAUGUAGAUAAGCAUUAAGUACAUGCACAACAAAUGGAACAAAUUGUAUCACAAGAGGAACAUGCUUCUAAGCAAUGAGCUAAGCUGGUUGUGUUACUUCAGCAACAAAUCAAUAAUGUGAAUGGAUGCCAGCUGUUGGCAAUAUUCAAGCUUAUUGUACAGUAAAGACAUGUAAUACAGCUCCAAAUACUUUAACUUCUGAAGCAGCUUGUGCAGCCUAUUUCACUAAUUGUACUACAAAGAAUGGCGGUGGAUGUGUUACUAAAUCAACUUGUGCAGCUGUUACUGUUGAUGCUGCUUGUACAACCGCUCUUAAUGGAACUAUUUGUGCUUGGGAUAGUGCAUAAAAUAAAUGUAGAGACAAAGAUUGUUAAGAUUUUAGUGGAACUUCUCAUGCUGCAUGUUAAGGUUAAAGAGCUGGAUGUACUGCUGGAGCUAAUGGAAAAUGUGCUAGAGUUUAAAAUUGUGAAUAAACUACAUUGAGAACUGCAUGUAUUGAAGGAACAAAUGGCCCAUGUUUAUGGGUUAAUGACUUUGUUAACUCUGAUGGAUCUACAGGAGCUUGCUUUAGAUAUACUUCAUGUAAGAGUUUGACUUGGAAUUCUGAUACUUAAUGUAAAUGGAUAAGUAAAUAAUGUACAACUAAUGGAUCUAAUUGUAUUGGAAUUACUUAAUGUUCCGAAACUAAUACUGAUGGUGGAUGUGUCACAGGAUAUGAUGGAGCUUGUAUAUAAUCAGUACCAGCUCUGAAUUCUGCAGAUCCAAAGGUUUGUAAACCAUAUACUUCUUGUGCUGAUGCUUUCUAUACAACUCAUUCAGAUUGUUAAAUUGCUAGUAGUAAAUGUACAACAAAUGGAACUACUGGUUGUAUUGCAUUAGGUGCUUGCUCAUCUUAUACCUCAUAAGCAGGAUGUUAUUUUAAUGAUAAAGGUGUUAUUUAUACAUCUGGAGUCAUAACUUCAACUGGUAUUUGUACCUGGGAUACAACAGCUAAUAGUUGCAGAGAUUAAUCAUGUGCUGAUUUGACUGGUACAACCGAUGCAGCAUGUUCUUCAUAAUUAUCAACAUGUACAUCUGAUGGAACAACUUGUUUACUCAAAGGAGCAUGUUCAUCAUACACAACAUAAACUGCUUGUACAACUGCUGUUGGAUCUGAUGGUGUAUGUUAUUGGGAACUUGCAUCAGCUACAAAUAAUAACACAGCUAAAUGUAGAUUAUUAACUUGCCCUGAUAUCCAAAAUGGUACAGCCACCAAUGUUUGUUCAGUAGCUUUGUCAUCAUGUGUUUCAGAUGGAACUAUUUGUAUUACUAAAGCUAAUUGCUCAGCCUAUAAAACUAAGACAGCAUGUAAUUCAGGUGGAUUAGAUGGUAUUUGUGUAUUCACUUAAUCAACUGCUACAGGAGCUGUUGCUGGUACUGGAACUUGUGCAUUAAUGACAGCAUGUACCACUGCUAAUAAUGAUUAAGUUGCUUGUUAAUAAGCUAGAGAUAGAUGUUCAUGGACUCCAGCAUCAGGAACUGGUACAACUGCUGUUGCUAGUAAAUGUGCCACUCAUACUUGUGCUACAAAUUAAGCUACAAAUGGAGCUUGUACAAGAUUCUUAAAUUGGGAUAAAAAGACUUAAUAAGUUUGUACUCUUGUUAGUGGAACAUGUACAGCCACAGAUCCCUCAACUUUGUCAUUAAAUGAUUGUUUCUUGGUUUCUGGAUAUACUUAUACAUGGAAUGCAUCAACAAGUAAAUGUGGAGUUUGCACUGCACCUGUUGUUUAACCAAAUAAUACAAAUAAUAAUACAAAUAAUACAAAUAAUGAAACAACAACCGAUUCAGGAUACAUUCUUGGAUUAUCAACGAUCAUUUUUGGAUAUCUUAUGUUUUGA